AGGCGUGUUACGGCAUCGUCAAAGUGCCCGUGGGGAACUGGCUCUGCAGGACCUGUGUCCUCGGCAUCGACCCGCAGUGUAUCCUCUGUCCUCAGAAGGGAGGGGCCAUGAAGCCAACACGGGCCGGGACCAAGUGGGCCCACGUGAGCUGCGCCCUGUGGAUCCCAGAGGUGAGCAUCGCCUGUCCGGAGAGGAUGGAGCCGAUCACCAAAGUGUCGCAUAUACCCCCCAGCCGCUGGUCCCUCAUCUGCAGUCUGUGCAAGUGGAAGACAGGGGCCUGUAUCCAGUGCUCGGUGAAGAACUGCACCACCCCCUUCCACGUGACCUGCGCCUUCGAGCACAGCCUGGAGAUGAAGACCAUCCUGGACGAGGGCGACGAAGUCAAGUUCAAGUCCUACUGCCUGAAGCACAGUAAGUCCAAAGAGCCCGGACUGAGCCCCGCCCGAUCCAAAGCCCCCCCCGAGGUGCAGAAGGGGGGGCAGCGCGCUCAGAGGCUGCAGGAGCUGGAGGAGGAGUUCUUCACCCGGGUGCAGCAGGAGGACCUGGUGGGGGUCGUGGGGCUGUCGCUGCGCCUCGUGGACUUCAUCUUCCAGUACUGGAUGCUGAAGAGGAAGGCCAACUUCAACCGAGCCCUGCUGCCCCCCCGACAGGGCGAGGAGGGCCUGGAGCUGCAGCCGCAGGAGGACAGCAUCCACACCCGCAUGAGGAUGUUCAUGCACCUGAGGCAGGACCUGGAGAGGGUGGGUGCCGCUGCUGCCUGCUUUCUA